CUCCCCGGGCCGCGGCGCCGGGCACCGGCCGCCCCUCUCCGUGGUGCUGAAGCGGCUCCCGCCAGCCCCGCCAGCGUGGGUCGCGCGCCGAGGGCCCGCCGCCGCCGCCGCCGCCGCCGCUGCGGCUCCUGCGCCGCCCCCGCCCCGCAGCCGCGCAUCGCCGGGCGGGCUCUGGCGGGCGCCAUGGCGGAGCGCGGGGCCUGAGGCGGCGCGGGGCGGCAUGGAGGCGGAUUUCGCCGCCUUCGGGAGCCCGCUGUGCGGCGAGGUCAAGCGCUUCUGCAGGCGGGUGCGGGAGACCUACCGGGAGAUCAAGGAGGACCUCACCCCCUACAAGGAUGACCGUUACUACCGGCUGGCACCGAUGCGAUUAUAUACACUGUCCAAACGGCAUUUUGUCCUGGUCUUUGUAGUGUUCUUUGUUUGUUUUGGUCUGACAGUCUUCAUAGGAAUAGCAGGUCCUAAUGUAAUUGAAACUUCUGUAGCAAGAACUGACAUAAAUAACAGCCUGAAGCUGAAGCCUUUUAAUUUGAGUUCGCCACCACUGUCUACUUACAAUCAGCAGCUGUGGCUGACCUGCGUAGUUGAGUUGGAUCAGCAGGAUGUAUCUCUCAAAAAGAAUGUUACUAUGACAGUCAAAGUACUUGGAGUGGUAAAGGAUGGAAGCACACCAUAUGUUAAUAAUCAAGUUCACAAUCGGACAAGAUUACUCAGUUGUGCACAAAAAUGCAGUGAAAUCAUUGUUGCUCACCUUGGCUACCUGAACUACACUCAGUACAACAUAUUUGUUAGCUUUGAAGAUCUAAGUAAGUUAACGUACAACAUCCACAAUAUUACUUUCACAUGGAAAACCUACAAUCCGACUUUUUCACAAGUGGAAAUAUGGUUCCGAUUUGUCUUUGUAGUUCUUACUUUUAUGGUCACGUGUCUGUUUGCACAUUCCCUGCGGAAAUUCUCCAUGAGAGACUGGGGUAUUGAACAGAAAUGGAUGUCCAUCCUCCUUCCCCUCCUGCUACUUUACAAUGAUCCAUUUUUCCCCCUUUCUUUCCUGGUGAACAGCUGGUUUCCUGGAAUGCUGGAUGAUCUAUUCCAGUCACUGUUUCUGUGUGCACUGUUGUUGUUCUGGCUUUGUGUCUACCAUGGUAUAAGAGUACAGGGGGAAAGGAAGUGCUUAACUUUCUAUCUGCCCAAAUUCUUUAUUGUUGGACUAUUGUGGCUGGCCUCUGUUACACUGGGAAUAUGGCAAACUGUUAAUGAAGUGCAUGAUCCUACAUAUCAAUACAGGGUUGAUACAGGUAAUUUCCAGGGAAUGAAAAUCUUCUUCGUUGUCGUGGCAACCACGUAUAUUCUCUACCUUUUGUUCCUGAUAGUGAGGGCAUGCUCGGAACUUCGUAACAUGCCUUAUGUUGAUCUCAGGUUAAAAUUCUUGACUGCAUUGACCUUUGUAGUGCUUGUCAUUAGCAUUGUUAUUCUCUACUUACGCUUUGGAGCACAAGUUCUACAGGACAACUUCGUAGCUGAGCUGUCAACUCACUACCAGAAUUCAGCAGAAUUCUUAUCAUUUUAUGGUUUAUUGAACUUUUAUCUCUACACAUUAGCCUUCGUGUAUUCCCCUUCAAAGAAUGCACUAUAUGAAUCACAGCUGAAAGACAAUCCUGCUUUUUCUAUGCUGAAUGAUUCAGAUGAUGAUGUGAUUUAUGGGAGUGACUAUGAAGAAAUGCCACUUCAGAACGGCCAAGCUAUUAGAGCCAAGUAUAAAGAGGAAUCAGACAGUGAUUGAUCACUUUUUAUACAGACAGACUUGUUCCACUGGAAUUAAACCAAUUUCAAAGUUUUCCUAGAUGGAUAACUUCCUUGGCUUCCUUACAGUCUGCUGUCACCUGAACACCGACUCCCAGGAAGGACAUCCUGUAUCUGUUUACAAAGUUAAAACUGAAAAAAAGAAUGCUUGAAAAGGUUGUGGUGAAAACUUAAGAAACCCACAUUUUUAUGUCUUAUAAAAUUCCUGAUAGCGGGAUGUCUGUGGACUAAAAUCUUUUAAGUCUAUGUCAAUUUAGAAGUGUCACUGAUUAUGUGCUGAUUUUAAAGCUGCUUCCUUGCUGCUUUUUUUUUGUUUGAGAAUUAUGCACAGCAUACUGUCAUUCCUCCGUUGCAUUUGUGUUAGCUUUUUUAUAUGUUGCCCACUGCUGUACGAAGUGCCUCAUUUCUCUUUCCAUUUUCUACCAUGGUCUUUUGAGCUGGAGGCUGGAAAUGAAGUGUUUUACGCUUUUCAUAAGCUGUCCAGUCUUCCUUUGAAGAAGUGAUAUAGAAGUAAGACAAUUGUUAUAAUUCAUUUAAAUGAGCUUACCAGAUUUGUGAGAGAUAUGUGCAAAUAGUCAAGUUCUAGUAAGCCAAAAUAGCCUCGGUGUUGCAAAAUUAUUUGUCAAAUAUGUUUCAUAACAUGCUUUACUGCCACGAUAGAAGUGUGUGUUUUGCCUUUUUUUAUUUUUUUUUAAAAACAGCCCUUUCAAAUGGAAAUAUUUAGGCAGCAAGAAGUCUCAGAAGGAAGCCAGUACUCUUCUUUCUGGGUUUUUUGUAUGCUGGAGGAGAUUGUUACACUUACAGGGAAUACAGUAUGAAAGUUUCAUAGAGAAUUACAAUUUCAAAUUUCCAAAGUUUUCAUUUUAGGGGGCUUUUUCUACAUCAGAAUUUUUCCUUAAGUUGUAUUAAUAGAUAGUUGAUCUACAUCCUAGAAUGUAGGGUUGUAGUUGUGGUUGCUGAUGUAUUGAAUGUGCAUGAGAGGUAGCUUUUGAGAAUGUCCUGUGCAUAGUUCAACUCCUUUGUCAUACAACACUCACCACAUGUACUGAUUGAAACUUUUACUAGCACAUUUUGUCAUUACCUGUAUUCCAGUCUGUGCUGGAACAAAGUUAUACGGGAAUUCAGUAUUCCUGGUAUAAUGCUGCUGCCUCUCUAUUUAAAAGUUGAUUUUCUCCUACACCAUUGUUCAGUUCUUUAUUUAAGUGGAUACUGUUUGUUUCCAACUAUUUUUGUUUUCAGGUACUUCACCUGUCUGCAAGCAGCUUUUUUUUUUUUUCCAUGGAUUCGUAACUGUGAUUUACUCUUGUAAAAUUUUUCUGCCCUGCUGCUGUAGGAGACUCUCAAAAGCACUGUUAAUAUAUUAGACAGGAAAUGGUGCUGGCGUAUGCUAGGGAAUUGUGCUCAUCUUUGAAGUGCUUAAAGCAGAAGAGUGCAAUGAAGUCCUAUUAGACAUACUGAAUUGUAUUGGGGAAAAAGAUUUGUUCUGCUUUGGUGCAAAAACUGUUAUAGACCAUUCCCAUUACAAUAACCUCCUGGUAGCUGUUGAAGAACAUGAAGGGGAGACUUCACAGGGUAGCAGUUUGCUCGGAGAGGACCAAAGGAGCUGCUUCAUGUGGUUGCCUCCUGGCUAUCAUAGAGCAGUUCAGAUUAAAUCAGUGCUCUGCUGAAGACAAGUGUGGUAAGAUACUGUAUGUGUGAGAGAAAACUUGAUAAAAUUAUGUAGAGCUUUGAAACUUUUUGAAAGUAUUUGAAAUUUCAAACUUUCUGUACCAGGGAUCAUUUAUUUGUUAGAAACCAAAGCACUAUGAUAUGGCUACAGCAAGGAAAUUGCUGGGGAGGAGGCAAAGGUUUUUUUCCUUUCCUUUUGUUAAUUAAUUGGUGUCAGUUUAGAAGAACAUAUAGGAAGACACUAAAGAAGCAUUUCAAGUUAGUGAUGUAUGGAUGUUUUUGUUUUUCCCCUCAGAUAACUGUAGUAAGCUGUACCUUCAGCACUCCCUUUCACAGUUGUGGAGUUUUGUUUGUUUGUUUUGUUGGAGUUUUUUUGUUGGUUCUGUUUUGUUUUGUUUUUUUAACAAGUACGGGAGAUGAUCUUUGUAUCCUAAAAGAGGGAGAGCCCAUUCUCAUUUUUGCUGUACCCAGAUGACUCUCCUGAGGCUUACACCCUUUGAAUUUGCAGUCACACUUGGGAGCCAACUAGGCAUCCUUUGCAUAACCCCAAGUCCUUUUGAUUUUAAUUGGAGUAACAGUAGGCACAGGAAUUAGGUCUUCAAAAUUGGUAUUUACAUGAUCCUUAAAUAUUCAGACCUUUUUGGCUCUGAUAUUGUUUACUUCUGUUCUAAAUUGUUCUGAAGAGAUAAAAUGUUUGAUUUGACCAAUGUGCAAAGUAUACUAAUGUUUCUUAUCACAGUCUGAACUGAUUGUUACAGUUAACCCUGAAAUACAGUGUCAUGCUUUGGGAUUUUGUUGACUAAUGAAAAUAUUUUUAAUCUAACUUUAAGAUGAAGAUUUUCUUCUAAGCUGUUCUCAGCCCUCUUCACUUGCUAUUUUGUUUGUAUUUAAUUUUCAACAUCACUACAUUCCAAGUGGAAAUAGGAAAGCUGAGAAUGGGAAAUGUGUACUUAAAGUUUAAGCAUCUCACUAUGAAAAUAGUGAGAAAAUAGUUUCCUUGUUAAUUUUUAGAGAUUGUAUUUAAGCAACGUUUGCCGUGCAAAAUAGCUUUGUAUUUCAGAAGUGCUAGAGUAUAAUGGUAGCUUGGUCGAAGCACUGUCGCAUCAAAUUCAAUAUACAGUAAAAUGGCAGAAGCAGUCAAGCAGAUGAAGAAAUAGCUUUGCUAGCAAGAAAUCUCAGUUUCACUCUUCUUAUUUCCACAACUGGCAAACAGAGACAGUAUUUGAGGAAUACUACAAUAUGGAUUGUAAACAGCUCGGGAGUAGGUGGCAUAAAUUCAUCUUCGAGUGUACAGUAUUGUAACCUAAGGGUGAAACAGAAGAGGUCUGGAUAAGAAACUAGCCUGGCUUUCCUUUCGUUACUGCUAAAGUAAUUAAGUAUUUCCAUCACUAGUGGAACUGUAUAAAAUGAGAAAAGUAUACAAAAAAGCCCCACAGCACAGUGUCCUUUCUCAGGAGACACCGCUUAUUAAAUAACUGCAAGACUUCCACGCACACAAUGAUCAAGAGGGCCUUUUAAGAAAUCAGUAGUCAUUGAGUAUGAGCCAUUCAUGGCAACAAUUUUCUGUAGUAUGUGCUUUAAAAAUACAGUUGGUGUUGGAAUUGGUUGGAAACUUUCCUAGGACUGGCAAAGAAUAGGAGGCAUAAAGUUUAAUGCCAGUAAGGACCAGCUAGUGCAACAGACCCAGGGCACUAAUACUGGACAAAAUGUGAGGAUCUGAGCCAGAAGACAACUUUUGUCUCCACAGUCACCUAAUUUUGCCUCUAUUUCCUUUUGCUUAUGCCAGUAAUAAACUUUGCAUUACUGUAAAUUUUUUUAGAAGUUUGUAAAUAUGUAAAAUGAAAAUAAUGGGAAAAUUGUGUACCAAAAUGGUAUAAAAAUGUGUAAGAUAAAUGCUCUGUUUAAUGAGAAGCUGUAAUUAAAUGCUGCUUUGAGAAAAGUGUGCAUGAGGACAUGUUAAGUAUUUUAUGUGUCUAGAAAAUGUGUUAAUGACAGCUAAUUAUCAAUUUCUGUUGGAAAACUUCAUGCAAAUAUGGAAUAUGAAGGAAAAAAUAUUUUACUUCAACCAAAAUUGGGUAUUGAGUUUCUUGGAAGACUUCAUGUGCAUAAUCAUUGUUACAUAUGUUCAUAAUAAAGUUUUAUAUCUUUA